CCGAAGUGAGGCGGUGGGUUUCUGGCUCCACUUGCUUGCAAGCGUGUUUAUUGUAUGUAAACUCGUCAGUGUUUGAUCGCACAAAACCCGUUUCAGAGAUUCAUUUGGUGAGCUGUUUGGAGAAGAACUUUAUGUAGUCAUGCCUCCUCCAGAAACAAUGUUCUGCGCCCAGCAAAUAAAUAUCCCACCAGAGCUCCCAGACAUUUUAAAGCAAUUCACAAAAGCUGCUAUAAGGACCCAACCUCAUGAUUUGCUUCAGUGGUCAGCCGCAUAUUUUGACAGUUUAUCAAAAGGAGAGCCUUUACCUGUAAAAGACAGGGUUGAAUUGCAAGUGGCCACUCAAAAGACAGACAGUGGAUUAACUCCUGGACUUCUAAAGGUUCUCAAUAAACAGUUAUCAUCAAAGAUGAGUGUUAAAAUUGCUGACCUAAAACAAAAGUGGACAGAUCUCUGUUUACCUGAAGAACAGCUACAAAACAUCCUGGGACUGGAUAACUUUCAGGAUGACAUCGAUUGGCUAAAAUUCCUGUCACUUGGCUGCAGUGCUCUAGGAGGGAGUAUAUCUUCUGCUCUGAAGUACGCUUGUGAAAUCCUUACUGAGGAUCCAGAAGGUGGUGCUGCACACAUUCCAUUUGAUACAUUUACUUACAUUUACAAGUAUCUAGCUCACAUUGAUGGAGAUAUUUCAGAGAUGCAAAUAGAGGAUGUGCUCAAUGUGCUUCAGUCAGAAGCGGAAAGACAAAAUGGUUUGAUCCAGCCAAGGAAUUUUCUUUCCUCGCAAUGUCCUCUACUUUCUUAAAAAUCAGUGAUCUUGACAAAGAUUAUAAAGUGCUUCCAUUCUAAAAAUAAGUAAAAUUAUAAACACUACAUGAAUAAAGAUAUAAUAUUUUAAUGCAAAGAUUCCCUUUUCUCUGUGCUCAAACUUUAAUAAAUGAUGUACUCUAAAUAAUAUCCAAUUAUUAUGUUCUAAAGCUUAACCCUUA